AUGGGUGAUCUCGAAAAUGAGGUUGAAGUUCCUCGAUAUUUCUUGUGCCCGAUUUCACUUGAGAUCAUGAAGGAUCCUGUAACGCUCUCUACCGGGAUCACAUAUGAUCAUGACAGCAUCGAGAAAUGGUUGUUUUCUCAAAAGAAUGACGUUUGUCCCGUGACGAAACAAGUCGUGGUUGAUAUCGAGCUCACCCCGAACCACACCCUUCGUCGUUUGAUCCAAUCUUGGUGCACCCUUAAUGCAUCAUCUGGUGUCGAAAGGUUCCCGACGCCACGCCCUUCAACCUCCAGAACUGAAAUCGUAAAACUCCUCAAGAGUUCGAAGUCUCCCCAGAUGCAAAUGAAUAGUUUGAAGAGGUUGAAAACGAUUGUUAUGGAGAAUGAAAAGAACAAACGGGUGAUGAAAUCAGUUGGAGCAGCUGAUCACCUUGUUUCCAUCUUAAACAACGUGACGUCAUCCUCACCGGUAGGAGAAGUUUCUGGCGUGGACGGUUUAACCGCAGCCGACGAAGCGUUAACCAUUCUUUACCAUCUUCAGCUAUCACAAACUGGUCUUAAAUCCUUGUUUGGAAAUACAGAAGAUUUCGUCGAGACGUUGACGACCAUGAUGCAACGCGCCACCUGUUACGAGUCACGUGCCUACGCCGUCAUGUUACUGAAAUCGAUGUUCGAGGUGGCGGAGCCAACGCAAAUGACGGCGUUAAACCCUAGAUUCUUCACGGAGUUGGUACAAAUCCUGGUUGAUCAAAUCUCCGAAAAGGCAACAAAAGCAACAUUGAAGCUGCUCAUCAACGUCUGUCCAUGGGGGCGGAAUAGGAUAAGAGGGGCGGAGGCAGGGGCGGUGCCGGUGUUGAUCGACAUCCUUCUCGACUGCCCGGAAAAACGAGUCUCCGAGAUGGUUAUCAUGGUUUUGGAACAGAUUUGUCGGUCUGCAGAAGGACGGGCAGAUCUUCUGAAACAUGGCGGUGGUUUAGCGGUGGUUUCCAAGAAGAUCUUCCGUGUUUCAUCAGAGGCGAGCGAGAGGGCGGUGAGGAUAUUGUAUUCGGUGGCGAUGUUUUCCGGCAACAGUCAUGUUGUACAAGAGAUGAUGCAGUUGGGGGUGGUGGGGAAACUUCUGUUGGUGUUGCAGGUAGAUUGCGGAAGCAAGAUGAAGGAGAGAGCAAGGGAGAUUCUAAAGAUGCAUUCUAGGGUUUGGAAGAAAUCUUCUUGUAUGCUCCAUGAUUCAGUUGAUUCAUAUCCAUCUUAG